UUUGAAUCAUAAUUAAGUAAAAGCAGUGACCCCAAGUGAUGAUAUUCGACUGUCCGAUGAACUUUUUAAACGCCCCCUCAACGCCUGUGAGAUGCUAAUAUGCCACAAGUCUAGCUGCAGCAGCUUCAGUACGUCCCCUUGGAGACUAGCAGGAGCAACACGUGAUGUGGCCACUUACUUAUCAGGUUUAGGGGCAGAGAACGGCGCUUUGAGGACGGGCGAGGAAAGUGUCUUCCUCUCUUGCGUCGAUUUAUUUCAUGGUCUUCGGCUAACGAUAUCUGGAAGACAGAGGAACAUUUCAAAGUUGACUAACUUUGUACAUUUUUAGUAUCGCCAUUUUGAUUCCUUUCCGGAACAAGUUUGCCUAUUCUUUUUCCCCCUCAGCCCAUCAUCUCUAUUCACCAUCAUCAGUAUGUCUCGGCGUAAGCAGCCCAACCCCAACAAAGUCAGACUGAUGGAGAAUGGACCAGAAGACAAGGGGUCGGGAGGCCAGGGGGGUCUCAUCGUGACCACCAGAGAGGAAGGAGCACAAGAUCAGAGCUCUGUCAUCCACACAGAAGAAGACCAUGGUGAACACAGCGAGAGGACCGAUCCAGAGAAGAGGUCUGAGAACGGGGCAGAAGGUACUGAUGAUGGCCCCUUGGAGGAGACGUAUGGGGUGGAGCUGUCCUCCAUCAACUCCAUGAUGUCCACAGUGAUGAGUGCGCCCACACUGAGUGGGCCAGGGGUGGAUUCGGCGUCAUGCACCCCCACCAAGAGUCCCGUCCUCCACAGCAAGAGCAUUACCAGCAGAUCUCCCAGUAUCAGCCGCGCUGGAAGGAAGAAUCAGGCACCCACACAAAACGAAGCCAAAGAGGAGAGUGGCGCAUCUUUCAUCUGCCCACUAUGUGACAAGGAUUGCCUAACCCAGCAUCAGCUUACUAUGCACAUCCGCCAGCACAAUCAGGACAACGGUGCGGCUGACCACUCGUGCAGUAUCUGCGGCAAAGCCCUGAGCUCGGCCAGCUCCCUGGACCGCCACAUGCUGGUUCACAGCGGCGAGCGGCCCUACAAGUGCUCCAUCUGUGGACAGAGUUUCACCACCAACGGCAAUAUGCACAGACAUUCAAAGAUCCAUAUCAAGGAGCCAGCCAGUUCCAUCCCCAUUAGUCCACUCUCUCCCACAAAACGCAGACGUCCUUCAGCCAAGAGGAAGGGUAGCCAAGACGAGGAUGGAGAGCCGAUGGAUGAGACCAACAACAAGAUGGUUAUUGAGGAAAAGGGGACUGAGAAUGCAACCCAGGGCAAAGGGGAAGAUGAGAUGUUGCCCUGCCCUAUCUGCUUCAAGGCCUUCAGAUGUAAGAGCGAUCUGGAGACCCACAUGGAAGCGCACCCCGACUCCAGCCUAAGGUGUGAUCUGUGCUGUCUCUCAUUCCGCACUCACCGCGGUCUCCUACGCCACAAUGCCGCCACCCACCACCAGCUUCCCACAGAUCCCAGCGGUCGGCCUUUCAUCCAGAACAACCCCUCCAUUCCCCUUGGCUUCAAUGACCUGGCCUUCAUUGACUUCUCUUGCCACAAGUUCCCCCAGAUUGCACAGGUAUGGUGUGAAACCAACCUCCGUCGAUGCACCAGCAAAGUCCACCGCUUUGUGUGCGACCUGUGUGACAAGGCUUUCCCUCUCCGCUCGGCUCUGGACCUGCACAAAGACACCCACCAACCAAAAGAGAGUGAUCCUGACCCUCCCCCCCCCUCCCCUGGAGCUGAACAGGCUGAGACCACACCACCUGAUGAGCUCUCUUUUCUGGGCUGCCUGGGCCUGCAGCACACCUCCAGGAUCAAGCCUGUGCCCUCUGAGGAAGAUGCAUACCAGGCUAAGCUGGACAGCAUACGUGUUAUCCAUGUGGAGCAGCCCACACCCUCCCUUCCACAAGAGGGCGCUGUCCUGGCAGGGCUGGGUGGGAGGGGUUUCCACCUGGUAGACCCAUUGUCCCUCCAGAGUCUCUCCCAGUGCGAGGCUCUAAGCAUCCUCUCCCUCAAGCCAUUCCAGGGAGGGUUUGUCCUCCAGCCAGAUGGGGACGCUGUGGCUAAGCCUGUCUGUGGAGAGGGGGGGGGUCUAGAGCUGGCUGACAUCCAGCAGAUGCUGAGGGUGGCGUCUGCUGCAUCCAACCAGAUCGUGCUGCCCACCUUGUCCAAGGCGCCAUGCAGUGCCAUGCAGGCGGCUGGCCACAAGCACAUGCCGCCGCUGAAGCCCAAGCCCCUGGUGGCACCACGGACCGGCAUGAGCACCUACACCCCUCCCCCGCUGAUCACCACACAGGCUUCACUGGGCUGCAUCAGUCCCAACCUGCCUCCCCCCCCAAACAGCCAUCUCCUCCCGAGCUCCAGGGAAAUGUCCUCAGCUUCAUCAUCAUCAUCUUCCUCCUCCUCCUCUACGGUCUCUGGCAGUCAGGUGUCUGCGGAGAGAAUGCGGAUGGAGGCCGACUGCACGGGCGAUGCUCAAAUGCCCCAGGACUCAGACCACCUCCUCCAGAUCAAGAGUGAGGCCGGCCAGGGUGCUGAGGCUGACGAGAGGAAGGGCUCGGGCCCCGGGGCCCAGAAGGCAUCUUAUCCCUGCCGGUUCUGCGACCAGGUCUUCGCCUUCUCCGGUUUGCUGCAGGCCCACAUGCGCUACCAUUUGGGCAUCCUGCCCCACCAGUGCAACAUCUGUGACUACGUGGCACCGGACAAAGCCACACUGAUUCGCCACAUGCGCACACACAGCGGCGAGCGACCCUAUGUGUGUCGUGUCUGCUACUACCCCUUCACUGUCAAGGCCAACUGUGAGCGCCACCUGCGCAAGAAGCACAUGAAGAACACGCGGAAAGAGAUCGAGAAGAACAUCAAGUACAUCACCUCCACCUCUACACUGUCCACCCAAGAGGCCACCCUUGAGCAAGUGGGGGCCAGUGAGACCCUUUGUCGCUUCUGUGGGGAUGAUCUCAAGACCUACAGGGCCCUGCAGAUUCACCUCCGUACCCACAGUGGUUGUCAGCGCAAGCCUUUUGAGUGCCGCCGCUGUGGGGCCGCUUUCCUGACCAAGAGAAACUGCAUCCAUCACUUACUCAAAGGGCACCCUGAGAUCCAGGAGCAGAUCGAGGAGCAUAUAGCCACAAUACCAGCUGAAACUGCCUCGCAGCCAGGUCUAAACUCCCAGCCAGUCAACGGCCUGCCUGCCUCCACCACCACAUCACCUAUUGUGGUGCCCACCCUUCCUGUGAAGGUGGAGAGCCUGAGCCUCUAUAGUGGUGAGCUGGAACAACCCCUGGACUUCUCCAACAAAGGUCUUGGAGGAAGCAAUGCUGGCUCACCAGAAAUCAAAGUAGAGGGUAGCACCUCCUUUCUGCUAACUGAUACUGAUGACUGCAGCAUGGAGCCCAUUGACCUGUCCAUACCCAAGAACCCCGAGAAGAGGAUGAAGCUGGAGACGGAGGUGCCGGUUCCUCUACUGGAGCAAAGAGAGUUCAAGAAGGAGAUCUCAGCCAUCAGCCCCCCAGACCACAGUGUGAACCAGUCCCUACAGACAGAGAAGGAUGAGAAGUUGCCGCUAGGACGUUACCAGAUGCCCCUGACCGUGGCCUCAGCCCUCAAUGCAGGAGGCCCUACUAGUCGGUCGGCCCUGCGGCUGAAGCCUCUUCUACCCAAACCAGUCUCCUCCUCCUCCUCCUCCUCCACCACCCUGAAGGAGCUGCCACCGCUGGCCUCCAUAGCCCAGAUCAUCUCCUCUGUGUCAGGGGCUCCAGACCUUCUGAAGCGAGAGACUCUUUUGGAGAGCAAUGGCAGCCCUAACAUGCGAAGAGAGGUCGACAUUACUGGCAAAGUAGACUCGGCCUCCAAGGAUGGCUUGUUGGAUGAGCGCCCCCUGGAGGGAGCAACUAAGAGGUGCAGGAAAAGACCGGCGAGAUACAUGAAGGGGGCAGACCUAAACACAGGCAACACGGGCAGUGGGAUUGAUCUGGAGUCCAGUGGCGAGUUUGCCAGUGUUGAGAAGAUGCUGGCCACCACCCACACCAACAAGUUCAGCCCCUACCUGCAGUCAGGAGCCUUAGAGAUCCUUCAGAAGGAGGGGGAGCUUUCACUCAUUGAGAAAAGUGAACGGAAGGAACCGAAACAACGGCUGCACCUUCAGCAGGGCCAACUGGCGCGCAAGAACAACCUGGCUCCAGGCCAGCUGCAGCAACCGCCAAAGGGGGGGAAGAAGAAUGCCUACUCCAAUUCUGUGCAGAAGAUGACCUGUCCUUUCUGCCCGAGAGUCUUCCCCUGGUCCAGCUCCCUGCAGCGGCAUAUGCUCACACACACAGGCCAAAAGCCAUACCCAUGUGCCAAAUGUGACGCUUUGUUCUCCACAAAGUCAAACUGUGAGCGUCACCUGUUGCGUAAACAUGGUGUGACUAAUAGAGUGCUGCGUCGCAGUGGUGGCAUGCCGAAGGCCAAAGAGACAGAAGAGGGUUCACCUGAGAGUGCAGAGAGCAUGUCUGAAACGGAGCUCACCACUGCAGAAGCUAUGGACCUCAGUGUUGCUGACGCAUCGCAGUCCCUUCUCCUUGUCACUCAGAAGCCUUCCCCUCCAACAGCCAUGUCUAAGGAUGCUCCCCGCAGUGCGGACACAGACAGCACCCAGCAGGAGGAGACUGCGGUCCAGACAGACCUUGCACAGAAUAGUACUAACAUCACUACCACCUAUGAGGAGGAUGAUGAUGAUGAUGAUGACGAUGCUCACAGCAGCAAGAGUCUAGACCUCAAUUUUGCCAGCCAACUGAUAGACUUCAAGUUCUCUGAGCAUGAACCGCAGUCCCAGACAUACCCACCAGAGGGAAGCAGCGGGAAGACUGCAGCAGUAGAGGAAGAGGACUCGGCAGCGCCCCUAGAGGACACCAAGCACACCUGCAAGACCUGUGGGAAGAGUUUCCGUUAUGCUGCUACACUUGCCCGCCAUGAGAAGGCUCACCUGUGCGAGCGCAUCGUGGAGCGCCUUUGCGAGGAAAAUAAGAACAACUGCACAAAUCUAAAAGAGGAGGAGGAGGAGAUGGAGGCGGAGGAGGAGAAGAGGAGAGCAGCAGAAAGCAGCAUGGACACUGGCUCAGAGGACGAAGACGAAGACAAGGAGGACCAGAGUGAUGAGGAAGGAGGCUUGGAACCAAAGAACAGUGAGAGUGAUGCUGGAGGAGAAGAGAAGACCAAGGCGGACAAGAGGAAGAAGGUCUGCAGUGUUUGCUACAAGCGCUUCUGGAGCCUGCAGGACCUAACCAGACACAUGCGUUCUCAUACAGGAGAACGGCCAUAUCGAUGUGCUACUUGCGAGCGCACCUUCACUCUGAAGCACAGUUUGGUUCGCCACCAGCGCAUCCACCAAAAACCUCUGAGUGAGGUGACCAAUGGUGGGGGGCCGGCAUCCUCGGGGGGCUCCGCUAGUGAAGGAGAGAGCUCCCAACCUGGCACCAACCCUCACUCUGAGAAUGAGCAGGAGCAGGAGCAGGAGCAGGAGCCGGAGAGUGAGGGGGCUGAGAGGGUAAGAGAGCUGGGCAGUGGUCAGCUGAGCCCACAGCUCAUAGACAGACUUACUGACCAGGGGCUUGCACAAGUCAGUACAGCAGAUAACCUUCCAGAAGACCCUAAAGUGGAGGACCUAGCAGAGACCUGCAGGACUGAGGCCAAGCCAGGAUCGCCAGUUGGGGUUGGGCCAGAGGCAGACACAGAUUCAGAGAUGCCUGAGGUAGCCGUGCGAGAGGCAGAGGCAGACGCAGACGCAGACUCAAAGAUGCCUGAGGUAGCUGUGCGAGAGGCAGACGCAGACGCAGAUUCAGACAUGCCUGAAGAAGCCGUGCAAAAGGCAGACGCAGAUUCAGAGAUGCCUGAGGUAGCCGUGCGAGAGGCAGACGCAAAGAUGCCUGAGGUAGCCGUGCGAGAGGCAGAUUCAGAGAUGCCUGAGGUAGCCGUGCGAGAGGCAGACGCAGAUUCAGAGAUGCCUGAGGUAGCCGUGCGAGAGGCAGACGCAGAUUCAAAGAUGCCUGAAGAAGCCGUGCGAGAGGCAGACGCAAAGAUGCCUGAGGAAGCCGUGCGAGAGGCAGACGCAGAUUCAGACAUGCCUGAAGAAGCCGUGCGAGAGGCAGACGCAGGCGCAGAUUCAGACAUGCCUGAGGAACCUGUGCGAGAGGCAGGUGUGCUCCCUUCUGAGACCUGCCCUCAGCCAGAGGCAGAGCCGGAGGCAGAGGACACCCCAAGCAAUGGCUUCAUCCAGGGACUGCUGGAGAUCCACACGGCUAAGCCUUCCCUUGAGCACACGCUGCCAGCGACUGAGCUUCCUCUUGUGGGGGUGGAUUAA